AUGUCUCGGCACGCAAAGUUUACCUAUUGUGUUGGCAGUCCCUACUUUCAACCGGAUGACCUCAUCCAGGAUGUCGAGCGACAAAAGCAAGCCCUAGAUCUCCUGAUCCAAAACGACCUGUACAAUGCCAGUCGGGUCCUGCUACAACUGCCCGAGCGGGACUUGUAUACCUACCAUGCCAUAACAAGUGUUAAGCUGGCCGAGGUCCAGGCCGUCGUCAACCUCGGUGAUGCAAACGGCCUCCACGCCUGGUACCGUAACGAGGAUCGCUCGCCUAGAGAUCCGCCUCCGCAGAUGGACGCAGAUGCCUACAUCUCCGUCUUUAACCCGGCGACGGCAACGGCAUCGGCACUCAAGAACUUGGGCACCAACGCCAAGAAGGGUUCUAUUCGAAGCGAGACUGCGGCCAACCUCGCGGACAAACGAUAUCUGCACCCCGCCUUGACGGCGAAACUGACCAUUCCCAAGUCAAAGAAGCCACCCAGCCCCAACCCGUACUACGACUUCUGGGCAUGGUCCUGUCGCACACUGGAGUGGUGUGGCCCUUGCCUCUCCGCAGAGCGGGUAGCCACCAGCCACCACAUCCUCCCGAUUUUCAUGCAUCAUUUUGGUUGCGCCACACCGUCUCACGAGAGCCUAGAGAUACUCAAAAUUCUAGCUGAUGGACGGCCAGUGGCAGACAUGGGUUCCGGAAAUGGCUACUGGUCGUUUAUGCUUCGGCAGUACGGCCUCCAGACCCACCCAGUAGACAACAUGCAGAGCGAAUGGCGGGUGAACUGGGUCAGCGACACAACCAUCUCCGAUGGUGUCAAGUGGUUGAGCAAAAACGCGGGAGGCAAAGACAUGGUCCUCCUGCUGGUGUACCCUGUCGUGGGCGGCGGAGUCGGAGGUGGCACCGAAGGUGGCUUUACACGUAAUCUGGUUGAUGCCUUUGAAGGUGACACGAUUGCGGUCGUCGGCACGCAGAAUGGCAACAGCUACACGGGAUUCAAGGGUAUGACGAUGGACCAGUUUAUGGAGAGAGAGCACAAAGAGUGGACCAAGGUGGUGCAGAUUGCCUUGCCCAGUUUUGCUGGCAAGGAUGAGGCGCUGUACGUCUUUCAGAGAGGAGAAAGGGUGCCUCGUGAGUAG